CAUAAAGUUCAUUUAAUGUUAUCUCUCUCUCUACCCCUUAUCUACUUCUUGCUAUGCAAAUUCAAGCAAAACAAAACGAAGAAAGCAAAGACCAGAAAAAAACAUCAAGAAAAACCGAAGCUACAACCUCAGGCUUUCAGAAAAUGAAAACGAAUCUUUGCCCUGAAAGUGAAAGUGUCUCAGCCCAGAAGAAGAGAGAGCUAAUGGAAGAUCUUGUUAAGGGUCAUGAAGCUGCUACUGAACUAAGACUUCUGCUUCAGAACCCCUUUGGAACUCAACCCUCUCUCUCUUCUUCUCAUCACCUCAUAGCCAAGGUCCUCAGAUCUUUCACACAAGCUCUUACUAUUAUCAAUUCUUCUCCUUUCGCACCUGUUUCCGGCCAAAAUGGGCCGUCUGUGCCCCGUUCCGGCAACCGUCCAAGAUCUGGAGAUUGCAGUGAGAAGAGAUCCAAAAACGGUGGGAGAGGUCGCUACAACAGAAGAAAGAGUGUACUCACAUGGACUGAGCUAUCUUACAAUACUGAUGACAAUCAUGCAUGGAGGAAGUAUGGACAAAAGAAAAUUCUGAAUUCUGAAUUCCCUAGGAGUUACUUCAGGUGCAGUCAUAGGUAUGAUAAAGGUUGCAAAGCAACGAAACAAGUGCAGAGGGAUGAACAGUAUCCUCAGAUGUAUCAAACUACUUACAUUGGCUCUCACACAUGCAAUGAAAUCUCUGAGGUUGUAACAAACUCAACCACAGAUUCUUCCACUUAUUGGGAAUCUUAUCUUCUGAAUUCUGAUCAUGACUCUGAUCAUGUGCAUGAAACCCUAGUUUGCUCACCAAAAAUGUAAAACAAGAUUUUCCCAAAGAAAGUAAGACAUUGGAGCCAAGCCUGGUGUCAGAUUUUGAAGGAUUUUGAACCAUUCAUGGCCACCAUUGUGCCCUAGGGAAGAACUCAGACAACAAUGCAGGCAUCUCUUCAUUUUGGUUUCACUUUGACCAACUGUAUUAAUAAGUUUCUUCAUAUAAAUACUUUAAAACAAAAGAAGAAGAAUCA